GGUCAUUGAAGUCUAAUCAUCUUCAACCUCUCACCGAACAGACGCUGCUGCUGCUCUCUCCUUCUUUCCCCUUCCCCAUCAACACGCUCGUCUCUGUCCCUGUCCCUGUCCCUGUUUCUCUCUCUACCCUCCGAGAUCUCCACAGUAGAGAGAGAAAGACAGAGAGAGAGAGAGAGAGAAGUGACGUGGUGACAGUAGAGAGAGAAAAGACGCGAGCUUGAGUCGUGGGUCGGUCGUGGGCAAUGGCGAGCGGAGGAGGCUACGGGGACGGGAACCAGAAGAUCGACUACGUCUUCAAGGUGGUCCUGAUCGGGGACUCCGCCGUCGGGAAGUCCCAGAUACUCUCCCGCUUCGCCCGCAACGAGUUCAGCCUCGACUCCAAGGCCACCAUCGGCGUCGAGUUCCAGACCCGGACCCUCGUCAUCCAGCACAAGAGCGUCAAGGCCCAGAUCUGGGACACCGCCGGCCAAGAACGAUACAGAGCUGUUACGAGUGCAUAUUAUAGGGGUGCGGUGGGGGCAAUGCUUGUUUAUGACAUUACCAGACGGCAGAGCUUUGAUCACAUACCUCGCUGGUUGGAAGAGCUGCGUAGCCAUGCUGACAAGAACAUCGUCAUCAUUCUGGUCGGUAACAAAACCGAUCUCGAGAACCAACGUGCGGUGCCCACUGAGGACGCCAAAGAAUUUGCCCAGAAGGAAGGGCUCUUCUUCUUGGAGACCUCUGCAUUGGAUUCUACCAAUGUCGAGAGCGCAUUCUUGACUGUCUUGACCGAGAUAUUCAACAUCGUCAACAAGAAGAGCCUAGUUGCUGGAGAGAGCCAAACUAAUGGCAAUCCUGCAUCUUUGGCUGGCAAAAAGAUCAUCAUCCCGGGUCCUGCCCAAGAAAUCCCAGCCAAGAACAAAAUGUGUUGCGGAACAUAAUGCAUGCACUUCGACGUGAUUUUCCUCUUAUGCUCUAGCAAUUUUUCCUCAGAUUUGUCAUGUGUGCUGCUUUAUAUUCUAUGUAUAUCUACAUAUUAGAAGAGUGGUGGGGUUAUACUGCUGAUUGUAAUAGUGUGUUUCGUGAGGUCACAGACACAAUAGACCUAACUGGGGUGCAUAUUCAUUGAAUGAUUUUUGGCUUCGGAAGUUAUAUUUCAUGCAAUUUGCCAUUUUGGCC